CAGUAUGCGUUCCUCUGCAAGUCCGAGAUCAACCUGGAAACCAAAUGCGCAUUCACUGUCACCUUCAGCCUCCCAACCAAUUUCGACUGGUGGUGCCGGAGUAGUGCCCUCGUCACAAGGACAGUACGUGGUGCCAAAGGGGUUCGUUGAGAAACCAAAAGGAGUGAAAAGACCCGAAGAUCAAUUCACAAGCAGCCAAUGCAGCUGGAGUAGUUCAACCAGUGCACGUCCAGCCGACGCAUCCAAGAGGACAAGAAGAGGGUGCGUUGCUUUGCAGCCUGUUGACUACGAUGAACAACUAGACGGGCCCGGAGAAAUAUUCGCAGCACGAGAUCAAGUGAAAGAAGGAACGCAACGGAAGGAUCCGUCUCGUGCUGAUCCAGAAACGCGGAAUGGUGAAGAUAUUCGCAUAAACAAUCCUCCAGCUGAGCAGCUGGCGACCAAUUCCAGAAUGACGAAGGCGACCCAUAAACCUAGCGAGCGAAUCUACCUCCGUGAAGUGGCCGGACCUAUUCUAACGAUGGAAGGAGCAGCAAUGGGGCAAAGCAAACCCCUUGUAACACCACAUUCAAAGGCACCGGUGAACACGACUACGCUCACAAUCCUCCUUGUUAGCGUCAUUAUCGGGGUCAUGGUGGUGCUUGUCCUGGUUUUCAUCGCCAAUCCUAGCGCUGCGACCGCUCAGCCAAGUACAGCUUCGACGCUGCGCAAGAUGAUGAGGAGGAGGACUGAUAGUGAAUAAGAAAACAUCGCAGAUGCCAAUGUAGAAGACAUCAUCCAACAAUCGGAACGCUUCACCUUAUGGAAAAGACCAGAACAAAGCAGGGAGAAUGUUGCCGACAUAAAUAGCUAUAUUAAAGAUAUUAUAAGCUCACUGCAAUU